AUGGGGAAGAAGUCUUUGGUAGCAGGUGUGGUUGAACAGGCAAGACAAGUGAUCACAUUUGUUUACAACCAUGGAUAUUCUCUCUCUUUAUUGAGGGAAAAAUGCAGUGGAGAUUUGGUAAGGCCAGGUAUUACCCGAUUUGCAACCAACUACAUUGCAUUGAAGAGCUUUCAGGAUAAGAUGGUUGGUUUGAGAUCCAUGUUUGCCAGUGUGGAGUGGUUUCGAUGGAAGGAAUUGGAUUCGUUAGGUGACUCAGAGAAGCAACCUACCCUACCAUAUGUGUAUGCUGCAAUGGAGAAGAUGAAGAAGAAGGUGAGAGCAUCCAUUCCUAGGGGUGCAAAAUCCUACAUCAAAUUUAUUAAGGAGAGAUGGGAGAAAUAUUUGAUGCAUCCACUGCAUAAAUCUGCGUAUAAUCUCAAUCUUAAGUUCCACUACAAGUAUAAUUUAGGAAUGGAUUAUAUAUUGAUAGAAGCAGUGGAACUUGUGGUGGUAAAGUUGGUCCGUAAACUUGAUCUACAGGCAGCAUGCAACAUUAAGUUAAAGGAUUUCAAGGAUGCUACUAAGACUUUUGGUAGAGCAGCGGCAGUGGUUGGAAGACAAAGUACUGUCCCUAGUGAAUGGUGGGUCCUAUAUGGAAAAGAUGCACAUAACUUGAGGAAGAUAGCAAUCAAAGUACUCACCCAAACUUGUUCUACAUCUGGAUGUGAGUACAAUUGGAGUACAUUCUCACUGAUCCACACCAAGUGCCGAAACUGA